AUGCUUACAGGCUCACACCGCGUCUUACCCAGUGUCAGGUCUUUCGCCACCGGGCGCACCCUUCGGCUGCUGUUCGCUGUCAUUGGCAUAGCCAUCGGAGUCAAUUUCUGCGUCCUCCUCGACUGGGCUUACAUCGAAUCUCUACCGAGCGAUAUCCUAGGGAAGCAAGCCUUCCACCCAAAGCCAUUCGCGCCGCUACCGCAUGGAGCCAACUGGCAAGGCGACAAUGGGCUGGACUUCUGGACCUGGAACACUACGACACAGUUCAAACAGAUAAAAUACUCUGAAUGGAGAGACGGCUCCACAGACGAAUGCGCUCUCUUCCCAGUGCAUCUGCUCUCGAAGGUUCAGGUCAUCCUAAAGACCGGAUCAGCAGACGACAAAUCACGAACGGAUGCUCAGCUCUCAACAGUCAUAAAGUGCAUCUCCAAUGUUUUGAUCGUCUCAGAUGGCAAUCAUACCUAUGGUCGCGACCACCGAACUAUCGACGUUCUCGCAGACUUGCCACCGAACACAUACCUGAAAUCAGAGGACUACGUCGUUUACGAGACGCAGAAGAACGCAAGUCGCCAGGGCACGAAGCUACAACAGGGUCAUGAAGGUUGGAGGCUUGACAAGUAUAAAUUCCUACCGGAAGUGCAAAAAGCGAUUGAUCACAACAAGGCGGCUGAGUGGUACGUCUUCCUGGAGAGCGAUACAUACAUCUUCUGGGACAAUGUCUUCCGUCUUUUGGAGAACUACAAUAGCUCGCUGCCUUACUAUUUUGGAUCGCCUUCGCCCGGACGAACGUACCAUUCUGACGCGCAGCCUAACGUGAAGAAACAAGUGUGGUUCGCGUACGGAGGCGCCGGCUUCAUACUUUCCCAAGCCGCUGCGCAUCGACUCGUUGAUCGCCAUCGCAACGCCUUCGGUCUCAAGGGUCCUCGUCUCACCACAGAAUACAAAGAAGACAUCAGGGCCGAUUGUUGUGGCGACAGCAUACUAGGGUGGGCGCUGCACGACAAAGCCGGGAUCGAUGUCAGCGGUCUAUGGCCCAUGUUCAGCCCCCAUAGACUCGAAAACAUUCCCUUUGGUAAAGACCACUGGUGCGAGCCCGUCAUCAGCCUACACAAAACCGAUCCAGAUCUCUACAAAGACCUUUGGUCAUGGGAGAACGAAUGGAAAGCGAAGAGUAACCUUCCUAUGCGCUAUCGCAACCUGUUAUACCGCGCCCUGCUCUCCGCCUUGCAAGGCGAAUACCCGCAGCGCGAGAACUGGGACGCAGCCUUCGACGCGGGGUUUCAGCUCCCAGAUAACUCCACGGUCCAUACGAGCCUCGAUGCUUGCAGAGUUGGGUGUACUGAACACGACGAAUGUAUGCAGUACACCUGGCAUGGGCGACAUUGCUACUUUGCCAAGGCAUUGUAUAUUGGUCGUGCGAAGCAGCCGGAUGGUCAUCAUGACCCAGAGGACAGGAAGUACGUUAGUGGCUGGGAUAGGUCGAAUAUGGACACUUGGAACUUUGGAAAGACGUGCGCAGAGGGGCCGCAUUGGGUGAAACCAAGCAUCGAGCGGAGGUACUGA